AUGGCUAAAAGAGUUGACAUGCAUGUAUUGUUGAAACAUUUACAAAGAAUUUCUAUUUUGUUGAGACUCUUGAAUAUGUAUCCGUCUUCCUAUUAAUAGAGGUGUUUAAGUAGACUUUAUAUAUUUGAUAUUAGAUUGAGUAAAAAAGCUAAAUUGACUGAUAUUGUUUCAAUGGCAGAAUGCAAGCAAUUUGGUAAGGAGAACUACUUAUAAUUAGGGAAAUCCAAAAAACAUAAAACAAUAUUAAUUUCCCAUAAUCAUUUGUAGGUAUUUUGGACAUUUAUUUUUUAAUUUGGAUAAGAAGUACUCAAAUUUAAUAAAAAAUUCCUAAAUAUAGAGAUGCUGAUAUUAUCAAGAGUUUAUAAUUUUUAUCAUCUUCAUUACUUAAAUUCUAUAUAGGAUAACACUCAUUUGAUAAAGGAUUUAAAGAUAGAUUUUCAGAUGUUAUUGUUUCCGCAAACAAAGUUAUCUUUGUUGAGAAUAUUGAUCUAUUUAUGAUGUUUUUGAUUUAAAGAUAAAUAAGACAUUGAAAAAG